AUGGCGACAACACUUCUCCCAGCGCUUCCUCCAUUGCGGCAGGCCGUCGUGCAGUCAACCGAGGAACUCGGGACCUUGGAACUGCGAACCGACCUGCCCAUGCCGACCGUCUCGCCCGAUCACGUCCUCAUCAAAGUAGCGGCAGUAGCAGUGAACCACUGCGACUACAAGAUGCCGGCCCGGGUGCAUUCCCCCGGCGCUGUCAACGGCUGCGACUUCGCCGGCGCCGUCGUCCGUCUCGGCGACUCGGUGGCCCGCACGCCCGGCGGCCUCCGGAUCGGCGACCGCGUUGCCGGCGCCCAGAUGGCGUCGCAGGCCCGGCGGCCGUGGUCGGGAGCCUUUGCCGAGUACAUUGCCGAGAAGCCGGCCAACCUGUGGCGUUUGCCGGAGCACUUCUCGUGGGAACAGGCGGCCUCGGUGGGCUGUGCCGUGGCCAGCAGCGUGGGGAUGGCGCUUUGGUGGGAGAUGAAGCUGCCCGGGACGCCCGAGGAGCCGACCGCCGAUGCCAAGUUUGUCCUCGUCUACGGGGGUUCUACGGCCAGCGGAACCUUUGCCGUUCAAUUGUUGAAAAUGUCGGGCUAUCGAGUCGUCACCACCUGCUCUCCCAAGAACUUCGAGCUGGUGGAAGCGUACGGUGCCGAAAAGGCCUUUGACUACCACUCACCAACAUGUGGGGAAGAUAUACGGGCAUACACCAACAACACGCUGGAGUACGCGCUGGACAUCAUCACCGAAGCGAGGACCAUCCGCCAGUGCUACGCGGCCAUCGGGCGCGGCGGCGGCAGAUACGUCGGCUUCGAGCUGCUGCCGGACCAUCUGAUGGCCACGAUGCGCAAGGCCGUCAAGCCGACCUGGGUCAUGGGCCUGGAGGUGGCCGGGCUCGAGCUGGAGCUGCCGGGAGGGUACUAUCGCAAGGCGAACCCGGAGCUGCACGCUUGGCUUCACGGGUGGAUCAAACGCUUCGCCGCCUUGCUCGAGUCUGGGAGGUUGAAACCACAUCCCAUACAGGUGAACCGCGGCGGACUGGCAAAGGUGAUUGAUGGCAUGGGGCUUUUGCAGCGCAAGGAGGUCUCGGCCCAGAAGCUGGUAUAUCCCUUGUACGAUUAUUAG